UUCAAUGUUGUGCCAUUUUAUUUCUUUAGCAAAACCAACACAAUAUGCAAGAAGUGUGCCCAAAACGUGAAGCAGUUCGGAACGCCCAAGCCUUGUCAGUAUUGUAACAUUAUUGCAGCAUUUAUUGGCACAAAAUGCCAGCGUUGCACCAACUCGGAGAAGAAGUAUGGCCCCCCUCAGACCUGUGAGCAGUGCAAACAGCAAUGUGCUUUUGACCGAAAAGAGGAGGGGAGAAGGAAGGUUGAUGGAAAGUUGUUGUGUUGGCUCUGUACGCUGUCCUACAAGAGAGUGUUACAGAAGACAAAAGAACAGAGGAAGAGCCUGGGAUCUUCACAUUCUAACUCCUCAUCCUCUUCUCUUACUGAGAAAGACCAGCACCAUUCAAAACACCACCACCAUCACCACCAUCAUCAUCGUCACAGCAGCAGUCAUCAUAAAAUCAGCAAUCUGAGUCCAGAACAAGAUCAGGGACUAUGGAAACAGAGCCAUAAAUCCUCUUCAGCUAUUCAGAAUGAAACUCCAAAGAAAAAACCCAAACUGGAAUCCAAGCCAUCAAAUGGAGAUAGUAGCUCUAUAAAUCAGUCUGCAGACAGUGGAGGAACUGACAACUUUGUCCUUAUAAGUCAGCUGAAAGAAGAAGUAAUGUCACUUAAACGUCUUCUGCAGCAAAGAGAUCAGACUAUUUUAGAGAAAGAUAAAAAGUUGACAGAAUUGAAAGCAGACUUCCAGUACCAAGAGUCUAACUUGAGGACAAAGAUGAACAGUAUGGAGAAAGCUCACAAGGAAACUGUGGAACAGUUGCAGGCCAAAAACAGAGAACUGCUCAAACAGGUUGCAGCAUUGUCAAAGGGUAAAAAGUUUGAUAAAAGUGGGAGUAUCCUCACAUCUCCUUGAGGAACUGAUUCUUCAUGGGGUUUGCUACUCAAUGUACAUUUGAGUAAUUCUGUGAAGCCCUUAAAAUCCUGUGUAGUGGAAAAAAUAUUUUUGCACACCAGAUUAGUUGGCAUGUUUCCUACAUGUUUUUAUAAUUAAUAUGCAGCUUUUUUUAGUUACUGUUCAGAUGAAAUACUUCAACUGGCUUGAAGAAUGUUUUUAUUUUUUUGAUAUCGGAAACCUUUUGCCAGCAAUAGUAUUAAACAAUUGCAUAGAGAACAUAGCAGUGCUCUCUCUGAAAGGACAACAUGCAAUAACAAACUAGGUGUACUUUUUACAAAGUAGCAGCUGAGUCUUUUAAACUACACUGAUGUCAGCCAAAAGUUUAUGAAUCUGCAGUGACACUGAACACUGGUUUCUGGCAACUGUUCUUUUACUUUAUAUGAAAAUAUAAAUUUGGAAUGGAAAUCAUGGUGCUCUCAAGUGGAACUAAAAAGAGGCAUAUAUGUAUGUGUAAAUACAACUGUAACGGUUAUAUUCUUAGUUAUAACAAGUAAUUAGUGUUUUACAUUCUUGUGAUAGGGACUGACUGAAAGAUUAUCUAUUGUACAGUAACAGAGGCAGUGUGGUUUUUGUAAGAUUUACUGUAGACUUUUCUUGCAAGUGCCUUUCUCCAACUGUUUAUUUAUAGGGAUGUUGGUAUUUUGUACAUAAGGUUUUUAUGUUUUAAAAUCAUGUUUAAUAAAUGUUUUGUGUAAAUAUAAAUGUGUGUACAGAGGAAUCUGAAACAAAGAUCAAAGUGGCUAGUGCAGUGCUCAAGGCAGCAUUAAGAGCUGGCUAGCUGAUUAAUGGACAGUGAGCAUUGGCUUUAGAUAACCUUUGUAUCUUGUGUCUGUGAGGUGUAGAAUUUUAUUAGUGCUGCUCAUGCCAAACACGUCCUGAACAAAAAACAAAAUAUUUUUUUGCCACACUGGAGUUUCGUGGUUUGUUUAUACAUUUUUCCCAUUUGGCACAGCACUAAUUUUAAUUUCAUAGCAGACAUUGUACUCCAAUGUUACAUCCUUAUCUAGUGAUACACACAAAGUUUUAAGUACUUUUAUUCCCCAUUGUCUGAUUUAAUGUACUUGAUUGUAACUUAUGGUGAUUCUUCUUAAUGAUUUGCAACAUUCACAUCCCCCACUGAAGAUGCACACUGAGAAAAGAGUAGCCAAUGGUCUUGAAAUUAACUAAGGGAAUGGAUGUGAUGUCAUAGGGUGGGUUAUAAUGUUCUGGGUGGAUUUUCAUUCUAAAUUACAUCAGUUUAAGUUUAGCUCUGCUCCUAAUGGAUAUGAGUCACAUUCAGAAAUUUCUAUUAAACAGUAAUUUAGUAUACUCCAAGGUAUCUAUUCAUGAAGGUAAGUUAUGAAUCAGCAUAAAAGGAAGUAGACUUACAUGGGUAAAGGUUUAAGUCAGCUCUGGAUACUGACUGGUAACAGGGUAGCUGGUGAUAUUUCAGCAAGCUGGUGUAGAAACAGCUAUGCAUUUUUAAUUAAAGAACAAAAGUCUCUAGACCCUUGGCUGUUCACCCAGUUACUGAACUAUGAGCACCUUCUCAAUAGUUCAAAGGAGUUCCAGCAGCAACAGACUACUGAAAAAUACGAAAAACUUGAGCUAUCUUGUUUCAUAUCAUAUGUGUAUUUUUAUACCCUAAAAUCAUCUUUGUAAGUUUAUAAAAGCUCCCCUUUAAACGUAUUAAACUAGGGUAGAGAAUGCUGCUGUCUUUGGGGUUGUUACUAAUCUUUUUAGUAUACAAUUUUAUGACUUUUAUUAAUUCAGAAUUAGCAUUUGGGUCAUUUUUUUCCAGUUUGAUGGUGACCCAUAUUCAGUGAAAUUAGUUUUAAAAUAGCAAAAUGAAAUAUUGGAAUUGAGAUUACUUAAUGAUAUCAGUUCAAGCUGCAAUCAGGAUAUUUUAAAGAAACAAACAGAAGUUCUGAUUAGAAUUAAUUGACUUUAUGAAUCCCAGUCAAAAUAAUUUUUAGGGGUUUUCUGGUGUUUAGUUCCAGUUAAAUACCUGUGGGUUUUCUUACAUGAUCUCAUUUUUAACAUGAGUUUUUUAAAGUUCUUAACUAGCAAACUGAAUCCCAGUCCUGAGAAUUGUGUCCUGGAGCUGUAGAUUAUUGACAUAAUAAACUGAUGUUCUUUAAACGUGGAUCUGAGAGGAGAUUAUUGUAUCUAUUGUGCUUUUUAGCCUGUUUCCAGAUGUUGAUUAGCAUUGACCAGUAAUGGCCAUUUUGGCUCAAGUUAUUUAUGUAUUUUAAGCCUGUGAAUAUUGCAGCCCCCUUUUAGAUAGUUUGUCCAAACCCACGUUCUGCAGUGAAGCCGUUCAGCUGUCCACAUGUAUAGAUUGUUGAAAUGCUGUACUGGCACACAUCUGACCAUUGACAUUUUGUACCUUUUCUAAAUCCAAUGUUUCACAAUAAAAUCUUGUCAAAACA